UCGAAAGCGCUACCCACGAUCAAUCCGCGACUAUAAGUACUCGCCCUUUGGUGAUUCAUUCCUCUUCUCAUACAACCACGAACACAUCAUAUUUUUCAACAGCAUUCAUGAGCAACCCUUUACGUGGCAGAGGUGGUACCCGAGGCGGCUACCCUGGUGGCCUCCCUCGAGGGGGCGCUGGUGGGUUCAGUGGAGGAAGAGGCUCUGGUCAGAGGGGCGGUUAUGGCGGUGGUUCCAGAGGGGGAGUACCAGGAGAUUUGAUCUUCCGGGGCCCUGCAUCUGUAGACCAACGUCUCGCUACCUUAGAUCAGCUGGUCUCUUCUUUCAACAAACUCACCUUCAACCCUGAGCUCCCUCACCGGCCUGGCUACGGCACCCUUGGCCGUAAAAUUACAUUACGUGCUAAUUUUUUUCAUGUCAAGCUUGACAUAGAACACAUUUACGACUACCAUGUCGAAAUUACGCCAUCCACAGACGUUAAACGCAUUCGUGCACGCCUUUUCGAGCUCCUAGACCAAAGCUGGAAACAGUAUGCGCCGUUCAUCGCACACGACAGUAGCCAGAGGCUUGUGUCGUCCGAAAAGUUGCCUCAGCCCCUUGACGUGCAAGUUCAGUAUUACGAGGAAGGAGAAGCUCGUCCAAAUGCUAGACCCAAGACGUAUACUUUCGCAAUUAUCCACACGGCUGACUUGGAUGUUGCACCGCUCACUGAGUAUCUCAACGGCAACAUCGUGUCCCGGGAUUACGACGUCCAGCCAAUCGUAAGCGCUGUGAACCUCGUGCUUCAAACGCAUGCAGCGCGUACCGGAGUUCGUGUGGGCAAGAAUCGCUACUUCUUUCCCUCGCAAGAGCGCUUUGACCUUGCGCUUGGCUUGGAGGCCUGGAAAGGCCUAUUCACGUCUGCCAGACCUGCAUAUAAAGCACUCAUGGUGAACGUCGGUGUCUGUAUGACUGCCUUCUACAAGCCGGGCAACCUCGCCGAGGCCAUCAUGGCAUUCGAUCGGUCGUCUGAUGGCGCCAUGCCACAGCACUUUACCCAGAAGCUCAAGGUGACCACGAGACAUCUAGGGUACAAGCAAAAGAAACCGAUCAAGAAGAUCAUGUCAACGACUGCUAGGAGGACGACUUUUUACUGCGACGAAUACGAUCGCAAGAUAUCUGUUGAAGAGUAUUUCCAGAGAAAGUACCCCCACAUCACGCUGAGGCAUGCAGACGACCUUCCAGUCGUUGACAUCUCAGGUCCGAAUUCGAAAUUCUCCAUCUACGUACCAGCCGAACUAUGCGAAAUCGAGCCCGGGCAGCCAUUCAGAGGGCGUCUCAAUGAUAAAGAAACUGCCAACAUGAUUCGGUUCGCCUGCAAUCCGCCCAAAGUUAACGCAGAAGCCAUUGUUGAACGCGGUCUUCCUAUUCUUGGAUUUACUCCCGAGACGCUGGGCAGUCCUUUGAGCAGCUUCGGCAUCUCAGUGGACAACAAUAUGGCGGUCAUCCCUGCACGUGAACUUCCCCCACCUCGCCUCAGCUAUGAAGCAGGGGGGAAACCACUCAAUGUCAGCAACGGCAGUUGGAACAUUGUUGACGUCAAGUUCCAUGCCGGCGGAGCCAUCAAGAGCUGGUGGGUACUUGUCGUCAGAGAGAAGGACGGGCGAAGCGUGUUCAGCGGGGCCGACGACCCGAAUUUAACAGCUAUUUGGAGGGGCUUUGGUGAGAAAUGCCGCAAUAGCGGCAUAUCACUGGGGUCACAGCCCGUCAAGCUUGCCCAAUCGCUCAUCCCUCGCGCCGAUGACCCAGGCAGGCAGCAGGCGCUGGACUCGAUUCGUCAGAAGAUCAAGGAAAACGUUAUCGAGAGAGGAAAACCGACAUUCAUACUCGUCAUCCUCUCUCGACGGGACAACUACAUUUAUCCGGGCAUAAAGCGGAUCUGUGACGUCGAGUUGGGCGUCCACACCAUACACAUGCUUGCAGAUAAGGUGGUGGGACGGGACCCCAAUAAACAAGAUCAGUACUUCUCGAACGUCGCUCUCAAGUUGAACACGAAACUCGGAGGUAUCAACCAUGUGCUCGAUGCGGAGAGCUUGGGAUGGUUGACGAAGGCCAAGACGAUGGUCGUGGGUAUGGACGUUACGCACCCCGGUCCUGGCAGUAUUGAAGGCACACCAUCGAUUGCCGCCGUUGUCGCGAGCGUCGAUAGUUCUUUCGUCCAAUUCCCAGCAAGUCUCAGGUGUCAGGAGACCAAGAAAGAGAUGAUUACGGACUUGGCUGCUAUGAUGAUCGAGCGGCUCAUGUUUUACAACGAGAAGAACCAAACCCUGCCAGACCGGGUCUUUGUUUACAGGGAUGGUGUGUCUGAAGGCCAAUACAAUACUGUGUUGGAGGAAGAGCUCCCUAAGAUCCUGGAGGCAUUUAAGAGGGUCCCGCAGAGGAAGCCGUAUCGUCCAUUGUUGACGAUCAUCAUUUGUGGAAAGCGCCACCAUGCCAAGUUCUGGUCGACCGAGUCCCAGUUCGCAGACCGGAACGGUAACACUCGUCCAGGAACCGUCGUUGAUAGAGGCAUCACUGCAGUGUUCGGCUAUGAUUUUUACCUUCAAGCUCAUGCCGGCUUGCAAGGCCACGUAAAGGCAACACACUACAUUGUGGUGUAUGAUGAGAAUCGCCUCGGUGCAGAUGAGCUGCAGCAGGGUACGCACACUGCGAGUUACCUGUAUGCUCGUGCCACCAAGGCGGUGAGUCUUGUCCCAGCCGCAUACUACGCCGAUUUGGCAUGCGAGAGAGGGAGAUGUUACUUGAACGACUUCUUGAGUUCCGAUGACAAGGUAUCAAGCUCUGUCGUAUCAGGAAAAGGAAAGGGGAGGGGGAAAGUGGACAAGGAGGAAGAGAAGAUUCGCGUGUUCCAGGAGGCGAAGAAGGCAUGGGGAGAGGGCGUGCACCACGAUUUGCGGGCUAGUAUGUUUUAUAUCUGAUAUGGCUACUGCGAGUUGUACUUGUAUUUGAGUUUCUUGUGAUCAUCAUGUACCACGUGCACGUGGAGAGUUAGAGUUCAUACUGCUUUUGAAUUGUACAUCAUGCAGCGCUGCAGCCCCAUAAUUUAUCUCAUUUUUACAUGCCCUCUUCC